CAGGGAAGAUAAAUGGCUCUAAUCCAAGCCUGACUUUGGUAAGUGUCCAAGGGUAAGGCGUUACAUUAGAAGGCAAGAAGCGGUCUGGGAGUGUCGAGGCGUUUUACCAGGACCUUGCCGGGAGGGAAAGCAAGGCCGGGUAACGGGUAAAGGUGAGCAGACCGCUGAGGCUGCGAGCACAGCGCGAGGCGGGAGAGGAGGCGCGCGCCUUGGGCUGGCCCCGCCCACCCGGAGGCGGGCUCUGCGCGCUGAUUGGCCCGCUCCGGCCUCGCUCCGGGUUGGCGGGAGGUCUCCGAGUCCGCAGUGCCGCUGUGGAGUGACUUGCGAGCAACCGUCUGAGGCCUGGGGCGUCUGGGGAAGGCUGGCCGCUGGCCGGACCCCGUUCACCAGCCUCGGUUUUCCGCAGGAAUUGUGGGAAACCAAAAUGAGGCAUAAUCAGCUAUGUUGUGAGACACCACCUACUGUCACUGUAUAUGUAAAAUCAGGGUCAAAUAGAUCACAUCAGCCUAAAAAACCCAUUAACCUGAAGCGUCCUAUUUUUAAAGAUAGUUGGCCAGCAUCUGAAAAAAAUGCACAUAAUAGCAACAAGUCUAAACGCCCCAAAGGACCCUGUCUAGUUAUACGGCGUCAGGAAAUGACUGCUUUCUUUAAAUUAUUUGAUGACGAUUUAAUUCAAGAUUUCUUGUGGAUGGACUGCUGCUGUAAAAUUGCAGACAAGUAUCUUUUGGCUAUGACCUUUGUUUAUUUCAAGAGAGCUAAAUUUACUAUAAAUGAGCAUACCAGGAUAAAUUUCUUUAUUGCUCUGUAUCUGGCUAAUACAGUUGAAGAAGAUGAAGAAGAAGCCAAAUACGAAAUUUUUCCAUGGGCUUUAGGGAAAAACUGGAGAAAAUUAUUCCCUGAUUUCUUAAAGUUAAGGGACAAACUCUGGGAUAGAAUUGACUAUAGGGCUAUUGUAAGCCGGAGAUGCUGUGAGGAGGUUAUGGCCAUUGCUCCAACCCAUUACAUAUGGCAACGAGAACGCUCUGUGCAUCACAGUGGAGCUGUUAGAAACUACCACAGAGAUGAAGUUCAACUGCCCCGGGGACCUAGUGCCACACCGGUAGAUUGUUCGCUCUGUGGUAGAAAAGGAAGAUACGUUAGACUGGGAUUGUCUUCAUCAUCAUCUUCAUCCAGUGAUACAGUAGAGGUGGUGGAGAAACAUUCUCAGGAAUCACACAACUCAUUCUCAAUGGACAUAAUAGUUGAUCCUUCUCAAGCUUAUAGCUAUUCUCAAGCCAAUGACCAUCAAUCAAACAAAGAAAAGAAAACUAAUUUCAUGAAGAAAGACAAAUCUAUGGAGUGGUUUACAGGAAGUGAAGAAUGAGAUGGCUCAACUAAACCAACUUGGAAUCAUUAACUACAAAAUGUCAAACUAACUGCAAGACAAGUGUCAAAAUGGGACAUUUAAGCAGUUUUGAAAUGUUACACAUCUUUCUCUAGCUUUUGUUACUUUUCAAAAUUACAUGUAAAAGUUAUACAAAUCAUAGUAGUAGCUAAAAAUACCAAUAUAUGAAAGUAGUGAUUUGCAAUACAAAGUUCUAUUUUGA